GACAUCAAUAUUUUGAACAAGAUGGCGGCAGAGUUUGAUAUUCGUCUGUACAACAUUGUUAUGCUAGGAAUAGCAUUUAUGUUACUUUUCACAGCUUUUCAAACUAGUUCAAUGGCUGAACAAAGUGUUAUAUCCAGUGCCAAAGCUGAUUCAAAAGGGUCUUUUAAUGGAGAUGGAUACACUAGUUUAUGUAUAAUUUACGUUGUGUUCUCCCUGGGGAAUUGGAUAGCCCCACCUGUUGUUGAUGCUAUAGGGCCAAAGAUAACAAUGUUAAUAGGAGCUGUUAUGUAUUGUCUUUUCAUAUUGCAAUUUUUGAAACCAAUGACAUGGGCCCUGUAUCUAGGAUCUGUUCUUGUUGGAUUUGGUGCAGCAAUUCUUUGGACAGCACAGGGUAAUUUCCUGACAAUUAAUUCUGACUCCGACACUGUGGCUAGAAACAGUGGAAUAUUUUGGGCACUUUUACAAUGCAGUUUAUUAUUUGGAAACAUAUACAGUUAUUUUGUGCUGAAAGGAAGUGCCAACAUCACAUCAGGGGAGAGAACUAAGUUAUAUACAGCUUUAAGUGGAGCUGCAGUGGCUGGAACCUUGUGUUUCUUGUUUUUACGGAACAAAAGGACUUCAGAUGUGAAUGAUCUAGUCAAUCUUCCUAAAUCUGCAGAAUCCUCAGAACCCAGUUUAAAUACAGAAUCCAGUUUAAAUAUAGAUAAGACUAACAAAAAAGAUAGCCCACUGCAGUCAAUAGUCAGAUCAUUUCACUUAUUAAAGACCAGAGAAAUGUUAUUGCUAAGUGUAGCAAUAUUUUACACAGGAAUAGAACUGACAUUUUUUAGUGGUGUAUAUGGAACAUGUAUAUCAAAUAAUGCACAUUUUGGAAAUGAAGCAAAAGGCCUGCUGGGAAUUUCUGGCAUGUUUAUUGGUGCUGGGGAAAUUCUGGGUGGAGGUAUAUUUGGUUUAUUUGGAAAGAGGACAAACAGACAUGGUAGAGAUCCAAUAGUGGUAUUAGGAUAUGUUCUACAUAUGGCUGCCUUUUUUCUGAUAUUUAUAAACCUUCCAAGUGAAUCGCCAUUAAAGUUAUCAAACGAAGCUACAUAUUUAGUAUCAAAUAAAUAUAUUGCCAUUUUGUGUUCGUUUCUACUGGGUUUUGGAGACAGUAGUUUUAAUACUCAGCUUUAUUCCAUACUUGGCUUCAUGUUUCCAGAAGACAGCUCUCCUGCUUUUGCCUUAUUUAAAUUUGUACAAUCCAUAGCAGCAGCUGCUGGCUUUUUCUACAGUGACUACCUCAUACUACAGUGGCAGUUGUUAAUACUAGUCGUCUUAGGAACUGUAGGGACUUAUUGUUUCUGUCUAGUUGAGUGGGGUAGCAACAAGGCAGUCAGAGAAGGAUACCAGACUAUUUGAGAAUAAUAAGUUGUAAAGCCAUGGCAACUAUACUUACCUUUUGCCUUAAUUGACUGUGAUAUUUAUGUUGUUAGGCUGUGGAUGUAUAUUGGAGGAGAUGUGUAUUAAAUGUGUUUGUGCAAUAAAGACAUAGGUGCAAUAUGUACAAUAGAAACAUUUAUAUAUAUAGUUGACCUUGAUAAACUGUAGAUUCAGAAAUUAUUGUGAGGUUUUUAUUAUGGCAAAAUAUGCAACUGAGACGAAAUCGCAAAUAUUUAAAUUUGCAUUUUGAAAUAUUUUAAUAUGAAUUAAACAGGAUUUUCCUCAAAAUCAUGAAAAAAUGACAAAAUGGGGAUAAUAAGUGCACACAAUAAUUUCUGAAUAUACAGUAUUGCUUCAAUUAUUUUUUUAAUUAUAAACUUGUACAAAGGUUGUAAAUAUUGUGAAUUUACCAUAAUGAAAAUGAAAUUUUAGCCAAAAUGGAUGUUAUCAUGGUUUAACAAAUAUUAUAUGUUUAUGUUUUGAUUAAGAUUGUUGUCAGUUAAAAAAAAUUUAUAGUUCUGAAUAAUUUUUAUUCUCCAUUCCUUGUAACUAGGUUGUUAAAAAGAUGAAUUUCUUUAAUUUAAUGGCUCAGGGUCGUCAUUAAGGAUUUUUGAAGGUGAGUCCAGGGGAAUCUGUUAUAUUUGGCCACCAGUGAGAAGAAGAGGUUUUAUUGUUAUCUUAUUUAUUAAUUCAGUUUCCAUGACUUAAUCGAGCAAGAAAAUGACAUCAAAUACAGAUAACUUCUGCUAUAAAAUUAUGACAGGUUUGCUCAGUUGAGGCAACAUUUUUCAAUCUUGAUGCAGCAGCCCUCCUGUAACUGGGGCAAGUGGUGUAAUAGCACAACAUUUUUAAAAACAGAUUAUAAAAAUCAGUUGAAACGUUUCCAUUUUCAUGAACCCUUUUAGUUGCUUGAACCAAUUCCAAAUACAAGUCUUCAGAACUUAUAAUUUUAUAGAUAAUUAUGAUUAAAAAUAAUAUAUAACUCCUUCAUGCUGUAAUUUGUAACAGUAACAUAGAUUAUGUGUUUUCAUCAGAAGACAAAUAAAGGUCCUUGUGUUUACUUUUUGAAAAAAAAACUAAUCAUUUGAUGAAUAAGAUUUUACAGGAAAAAUAUGUCUCUUAUUUUAUAUGAAGUUCAUAUAAAAUAAGAGACAUAUUUUAUAGUUCAGAACUAUAUUUGGAUGGAGAGCUGUCUCAUUGGCACUCACACCACAUCUUCCUAUAUCUAUAUAUUGUCAAAUUAUAUAUUUGGAUGAUCAUUUAUUUUGUGUAAGUAUUGAUUAUUUUGAAAGUCAUUAUAUUCAUCCGGGACCAAUCUUAUGAAGUUUCAAUUUUUUAAAAGGCUAGAAUUUUCUUUAUGUUUUCGAUUAAUAUGUGCUUGAAUUCUAACUCAUUUGGAUUCUUUAUUAUUCAUUUGAUACCACUUUUUGUAGAUUGUGUGGUUUUAGGAGGAGCCCAAAUUGUAAUUUCGAUGAAUAACAAAUUUUCUAUUGGUUUAUAUAAAAAAGAAGAUGUGGUAUGAUUGCCAAUGAGACAACUAUCAACAAAAGACCAAAAUAACACAGACAUUAACAACUGUAGGUCACUGUACGGCCUUCAACAAUGACAAAGCCCAUACCACAUAGUCAGCUAUAAAAGGCCCCUGUAUGUUGACUUUGGCAAAUCCAGGAAAUUAAAAAUAAUUGAAAUUGCAACUUUCCCCAAUCCAAAAUGGGUAUCCUUGAAGUACACUUUAUUAGACCAUCAAAGUAAGUUUAUGAUGUAAGGCACUUGUAAAAAAUAAUAUCAAUGUAAAAUAUAGGGCUAAUCAAGGAAGAAAAUGUAACUUUUUUCAGUAUCUUUAUGUAUGCAGGAUAAAAAAAAAUCAAACUUCAACUUGUAUUAGCAAUCUAUUCGACUAUUAAACUCUUUUGUUUUAUGUUUAUCCUUAAUAUGUUAUCUUAUUUCAUCAGAGCUCUUGUAAUCUUGUUUACUCCUGGUGGUCCUUGAAGAGAUUUCUGGUCCUCACUUUUAUUUCUAUUGCAAAACACCAAAACUGUAUGUCCUUCCAAAAUCUGCUGGUCAAACCUAGGACCACUACUUUUCAAGAACUCUGAUUAGAUUUGACCAUACCUGUAUGGAAAUCUUAUUUUUACAUGCAACUGAGAUGAGAAAUCAGCAAAAUAUUGUGGAUUGAUUUUGUCAUAUAAAAUAUUAUGCUAAGUAGUAAACAUUCCUAUAACCUUUCUAAUAAAAUGU